CAAAGAUCCAUUCUCAAAAAUAAUUCUGUUCCAUUCUGCAAACCAAAAGCACGAAGGCAUUCAUUCUAUUAGAUAUAUUGGGCUCUAAAAGAUGAUGAGGCAGCUAUCCUACCUGCGGCCAGUGCUUGCUGUAUUGGGUUUUGUGUGGUGUAUACCUACCCUCUCGGUCGCCUUUACUGUGCCCUCCAGUUUCACGUUACCUUCCAGUUUCAGAUCCACCAACCGAUUUCACCAUGACAGCACUCCAUUGUCUUCCCCGCCAUCUUCCACUACUGCACUUUUUGGAAUUCCCAAAAUGUUUCGUUGGUUGAGUGACCAGUAUCCUGAUAUCAUUAAUCGGCAGCUAGAAGAAGGAUUGGCCCCUGAUCUUCAAGUGGACAGCUUUUACUUGGACAUGAAUGGGAUCAUUCAUCCCUGUACGCACGGCAAUGCCGAAGGAGAAAUUAUCAUUUUGGAUGAAACGGCCAUGUUCAAAAAGAUCUUUCUCUACGUCGAUCGACUCUAUAAGCUGGUGCAACCCGACAAACUCUUAUACCUCGCCGUCGACGGAGUGGCCCCACGAGCCAAGAUGAAUCAGCAACGAUCCCGACGAUUCCGGUCGGCCAAGGAAGCCGAAAUGACGGCCGCCGAGGUGAUUGCCCGCAAAAAUGCCGCUGGGGCAAAGGGACCCAAAAAGAGUGACGAAGAAUGGCUCGAACGACGAUUCGAUUCCAAUUGUAUCACGCCAGGGACGGACUUUAUGCUCAAGCUCAGUAUUGCACUGCAAAAGUGGGUCGAGUUCAAAAUGAAGGCCGAUCCCUUUUGGCAAAAUGGAGCCACUGUCAUUGUCAGUGGACCCGAUGUUCCGGGGGAAGGAGAGCACAAAGUGAUGGAUUUCCUCAGAGAUUCCAGAGAACAAUACUAUCAAAGGCAACAACAACGAAAUGACAAUGAUGCUGACGACAACAAUGAUGAAGAAGAGGAGGAGAAGAUCCUAUGGGAACCCAACUGGACCCAUGUUCUCUAUGGACUAGAUGCCGACUUGAUCAUGUUGGGUCUCGUAAGUCAUGAGCCAAACUUUAUGCUGCUGAGAGAAAAAAUGUCCGUCGUCAUGGCCGGACGGGGACGCAACAAGUAUCGCAAAAAGAAAGAUAUGAUGGAAUAUACCAAGAAUGAUUUUGAAGUCCUAGAGUUGUCAAGUUUGAGACAACUGUUGGCUUUGCAGUUUCGGCGGUUUGAUGAUGACGGGGCUCUCAACGUCGACUUUGAUCUCAAUCGCGUUGUCGAUGACUUUGUAUUCAUGUGCAUGCUCGUGGGUAACGACUUUUUGAGCCACAUGCCACACAUGGAGAUUGAUGGUGGCGCUAUCAGCAUGAUGAUGAGUACAUAUAUCGACUUGUUGCCAGAAUGGGGAGAUUACCUUACCAAGAAAGAACAGAUUCAUCCACAACGAUUUGAACAGUUCCUGUACCAUCUCGCCGUCUACGAAGAGGAACACUUUAAACGACGCGGCUUUGAAGAGAAUGAACCGGGCUGGAAGCUAACAGCCGAUGCCGAAGACGACAUUUGUGACUUUUAUGGGGAGUACUUCACAAAAGAUCCCACGCCUGAAGCUGCCAAACCUGCCAAUCGCAAGGGGGCACCGGAACCGCCCGAAUCCGACGACCCCAACAUUCAAGCCAGCGGUAACCGAGGUUUUCGACGACAGUAUCCUACUGUCAGGGCACGAUCUUAUCGAGAUUUCUACUAUGAAACCAAAAUGGGGUGGAAGGCAUCCGAUAGAAACAGGACGCUGUUCCGAAGACGAGCACAUGUGCGAGAUUACAUUGAAGGGUUGCAUUGGAAUUUGAACUAUUACCACAAUGGAUGCUGUUCCUGGGACUGGUACUUUCCUCACUUGUACAGCCCGCUUUGCACUGACGUUGUAAACUUGCAUGAGUUCUAUGAAGAUGAUGACAAUGAUAACGACGGUUUCAAGUCGUUUCCCUUUGAACUAGGGACGCCCUUCCCGAGUUUGGCCCAGCUCUUGUCCGUGUUGCCACCUCAAAGUGCACAGUUGCUGCCACCUCCGCUGGGGGAACUCAUGAUCAAUCCUGCAUCUCCCCUGACUGAAUACUACCCCCCUGAUUUCACCACUGAUCCCAACGGGAAGCGACAAAGCUGGGAAGCUGUUGUUGAGAUUCCCUUUAUUGACGCCGACAUCCUUUUGGACACUAUGGAUAAAAUUCUCGAGAAGGACAAAACAGGCGAAAGUCCACUGCUGACAAAGGGCGAACGCUUGCGAAAUGUGCGUGGCAAGCAGCACGUCUUUGCACCCCCGCGAAAUGACGAAGAGGAGGAACACAAUGGUGAUGCGACAACGAGUUCUCCCAAGGUGAAUGCAAAGGGUUCCAAUACGGCUAAAGUGGAUGCAUAGAGAUAAGGUUUUCAGUUUUGGUGAACGCGACCGCAGGGGAUCUAUUUCUGACGAUUGGUACUUGACGGUAAUUACAAUGUCAUGUACGAAGAACCAUUCAAUCGUUGAAGCCGUCGAGCCGCUCUAGGACUUCCAACGGCGGGUUCAUUGUUUUCAAGGGGCCUUCAUAUUCACCAGGAUGUAGCUUCGAGUCUGCAUCUGCAAGUGGUCUAUCCUCUACUAGAACGAUUUUGACCCAUGACUGACUCAGAUUCAGAAUAAUCUUUCACCCCUUUCUACAGCUACGGUACUAGCUACAGUAGCUAGCACUUGUACUGACCAUGCGAACGAUGCCACAGGAAGCACCAGAAACGGUCUUUAUUCUUCGCGCAGCACUGUAUAUGUAAUAAGUAGUUGACGACAGCACCUGAAUGCUGGCUUGCAAUUCUCACACCUUGGGAGAGUUUCCAAUGGCCGUACCCGCAUCCAGAGGACCCGUCGCUUUCCUCUCUGCCAGGGGGGGGGGGUCCAAGUGCACACUGAAACCCACCCCCAGACCGGCUCCAGGGCCCAUCCCUGGUCCUACUCCAGGUCGCAAUCCUGGAAACUCUCGAGGCCCCACUUCUGUUUGCACACCAGGACCCCGUUCGCGCCCAACUCUACAUCCAUCGCCCGGGCCCAAUCCCGGACCCAACACGUGGAGCAACUCCUGGACCAAUGCCCGGACCGACUCCAGAUACUACCCCUGGACCUACUCCAGAUCCCUCAUCAGGACCUAUCUCUGGUCCAUCUCCAAGCCCCAAUCCUGGUCCCUCUUUUACCUGGGCCAACACCAGGAUCAACUCCAGUCCUGAACGUGGCAAUUGCAUCUGGCGUGGUUCUAAAGCCCUCUCCGCACCGUACCUUUUCAGUGACAAGAUCUACCUUCUCGGAUCAGAACGACGAGACGGUCUUCAACAUGUUCAGCUGGGUCAAUGCCUGACUGCAAUCUUGCUCCGGUCUCGAACUGUCGCCUUCGUGGCUCGUUCGCCGUUCUUCCAACCCUCCGGUGACACCCGUCUUUCCUCAAGAGACUAUACAGUAUAUUCGUCGACAAAAGUUGGACGAUGAAGAAGGCACAGCGCUUGCGGUGUUGUUCCGGGACUGCAGAAAGUGCUGAGAAAUGUACCAUUGUAGCUUGAAAAAGCAAAGGCGUACAUCGUAUCGAGAAAGCAGUACGGUAGAGGCAUCGUAUUCCCGCAAGACGAGGAAAGCUCAAACGCCUCGUGCGGCAAUGCUUCAUCCGAAACACCCACCUCCACCGGACAUCUGGAAGGGAAUGAUCAGUCUUCGAAAGCGUUGGCUUGAUCAUUCCUCUACUAUGCUAGCACUAUUAAAUAGCCUCUGUGUCUGUACCAUUGGGGCCCAGAAGCGUGCAGGGUCCGGCUAGCUAGCCGGAGUGAUGAUCACAAAUAAAUGAACCUGACCAUAAGCAAACAUGGGGCAUUACCCCGACUGCACAUUCCUCUAUGCAUAGCUAUGAAGAAUGAAAUGCACAAGAAAACUUGAAGAUUGAGAAGAUAGGAUGUUAUCAUGUUUUAGGAGGCUACUUUAAAAUUGUUUAAGGAAGUUGAAGGUAUACCGUAUGUGGUACAGUGGUGGAGACAUGGUCAUUGCUCCUGACUCGAUGUUUCUUGUUGUUCGUCUUGCUUUUGGAAUUCUUGUUCUGCCUCCUCCCUGUCAUAGGCAGCCAACUUGAGUGCGUCCUCGCAAGCGUCUUUGGACAACAUUUGUGAGAGACCUCGGAUCAUUUCCGGAUCUGCCAUGCCAUGCCCUUUCUGAGCUUCCUGAGUCCUCAAGAUAAACUCGGUCAGUGUCCCCCUGGAUGCCAAUCUUGCCUCCAAAUGGCCCUUGGAAAUAUUGGCUUCCAAGCCCCGCAAGCAGAUUUCAUCAGGAUGAAGGCGAUCCAGGAUCCCGAGCUCAAAUGCGAGUGCCAGCGACUGCGAGUCUUCUCGGAAGGAUCUGUAGUCUCGGCGGGUAUACCACAUGCAGGGUAGAUCUUCUUCCUUGACAUGACGAGGGAUCACAAUCAGGGCGUCCUUUUCCGUGGGCCGUCCAUCGGUGUUGGUGGUGGUCAUGGUGAACCGAACUCGCUUCCCUACUCUGGCUCUCUUUCGGCUGGUCGCUUCGACGCCGGCAGGGAUGUCGUCAUCAGGCGACUGAGGGCGCUUCGUUCCCUUCUUCGUGUUGUCAUUAUCUAAUGGUGAAUGAGGAGGGCACAUGGCUGCGCACUGCUGAACGAUCAGGGAUGUAUGAGCCUCGGCGGAAGAAGAUAGUUGCAAAUGAGGGAAAUCCAGCUCCAUCGUCGUUCGUUUUAUGAUGGCAAUCUUUUGCUGCAACUAAUAUAAUGAAAAAGUAGUUCAAGC